UCGUCUUCACCAAAAAGGCAAAAAUAAUUUGUUCUGUUGCAACCGCCAACCUAAAUUCUUGCAGCCUAUUCGACUGAUAAUCCCACUCUCCCACCAUUCCUCUUUCUCCGCACCUGCACCAAAUCAUUAACCAACCAUGAGAUUUCACUUCGCUAACGAUUUCGCCGGCACUGCCCUCCGCCGCCGUUUUGCUGCAACGUACAACCAGCAAUGCAGAGCGUACGCUCCAUUCCGCCGCCUCCACCACUUCACCAAUAAACCCUCACCUCCGAAUCGCAUUUCCCCUUCCCUGUCGACAUUCCGCCGCUUUUGCUCAUCCAAAUCCUCGGGUUCUCGUAUGGGAUUGCUAGGCUGGUAUUUGGGGAUGUUGGAGUCGCGUCCGAUUUUGACCAAGAGUCUUUCUUCCGGCCUUAUUUAUGCGGCGGCUGACACUACUUCACAGCUAUUUACAAUGGAUCCCAAUGGUACUUGGGAUCCAAUAAGGACACUGAGAAUUGCUGGGUUCGGGCUGUUUAUGCUAGGUCCGUCACAGCAUUAUUGGUUUAACUUUGUUGCGAGAGUAUUGCCAAACCGUGAUCUGAUAUCUACAUUGAAGAAAAUGGCAAUGGGACAGCUUGUUUAUGCGCCGGUGAUCAAUGGCAUUUUCUUUUCUUAUAAUGCAGCUGCUCAAGGAGAAAACGGGAAUGAGAUUGCUGCGAGAUUGAAGCGAGACCUGAUUCCAACUUUGCUAAACGGUCUUAUGUACUGGCCUCUGUGUGACUUCUUGACAUACAGAGUCGUCCCUGUCCAUCUACAGCCCUUAAUGAAUAGUUCAUGCGCGUUCUUGUGGAGCAUAUAUUUGACGUACAUGGCGAGCUUAGAGAAAGCUAUUCCAACAUAACUUGAAUUGUUGGAGAAGGGCUACUCUCCUUUCAAUUUUACAAAGAAGUUGAGAUCGUCACUUCCAUCAUUCAAGCAAGAGGCACAAAUAGUGGUUGUAAUUAAUCUGUAUUGUCUCUUGAUAUGUCCCUAAAUCCUUAUAUCCUCUCCCUAUUUGUGUUUGGAUUAGAUAAUUGGAAACUAAACCAUGAGAUUAUGAUGGGAUUUGGAUAAAGAUUUUUGCUAGGUAUCUACCAUAGCUAUUGCA